AUGCGCUUGCUUGAUGCGAGAACCCUUCGGGUUCUUGAGUUCAACAACGACGCCAUACCGCCUUACGCCAUAUUGUCACAUACUUGGGGAGAGGAAGAGAUCACCUACCAAGAUCUCAAUCCUCAAUUGGACCAGAUCUACAGUCAAAUCAAGGCAAUGGGGAAUUUUCUUAAGGCAAAGAACGGAUACCAAUUUUCCAGCCAGGUGAAGACGAAGAAGGGGUUUCUCAAGGUUGAACAAGCAGCCAAGCGAGCGCUUGCUGACAGAUACGAUUACAUCUGGAUCGAUACCUGCUGCAUCGAUAAGUCCUCGUCUGCCGAACUCUCCGAAGCCAUCAACUCUAUGUACCAAUGGUACCAGGGCGCUGGCAUCUGCUAUGCCUUCUUAUCUGACGUCACUACGCGCAACAACGGAAGAGCAUGGCAAGAGGCCACGAUUAGAAGUUCUCGUUGGUUUACGAGGGGAUGGACACUGCAGGAACUCAUUGCGCCAAGGAACAUGCAAUUUUUCUCGGCUGAGUGGGAUUUUCUCGGGAGCAAAGUUGGAUCUCAACUCAAUACCUCAUCUAACAACCUCAUCGGGCCUCACAUUCUGGGAGAGAUUACCGGGAUUGAUGAACGAGUGCUUGACGGCAGCUUGGGACCCCAGGAUUUGAGUGUUGCCACGAGAAUGAGUUGGGCUGCUCUCCGACAGACAACCAGGCUCGAGGAUUUGGCAUAUUGCCUAUUGGGAGUAUUCUCGGUAAACAUGCCCCUCCUUUACGGAGAAGGGUCACGCGCCUUUGUUCGAUUGCAAGAGGCCAUCAUGAGGGAAACAGACGAUCAGUCAAUCUUUGCUUGGACAAAGACUGAUUUGCUACCCUCGAAAAGCACAAAUACUGAGGAUCUUUUGUCAGGUCUUUUAGCAGACUCUCCCAUGCACUUUUUGAAGAGCACGGGAAUCAGACCGCUGCCGCCACUGCUUUCUGGGGAGACGAUGCCAACAACAAUCUCCAACCAAGGCCUCAAUCUCAAGCUAUAUCUUCGACCAAUUAACGGGGAGGAUGGCAUACAGUCAUCAGACAGGUUUCACGCCAUUCUGGACUGCAGCAGAAUAAUACAAGGUGUUGAAAGCUCUCCCGCCAUCUACCUGAAGCGCCUUUGGGGGAAUCAGUACGCACGUAUACUGCCUGAAUCCAUUGAACUCCUCAAGCCUCCCGGCCUUGAGGUACCAUUGGCCGAGGAAGGUUAUAAGACCGUCAACGUCCGCCAGAACCCUGUACACUUGGUACCGGACUUCAAUGUCAACCCGGAUUCUCUUGGGCCCCGCCGUGUAAAAGCCGCCUAUCCCCGCAAUCGAUGGGAUUCAUCUGCCUGGAUUUUGAAAUCGACGUAUGGUCAAGUCGGAGGUGUCAUGGGAAUCAUCGAGCUCGAGGACCUUCGUUCCGAAAGGAAUUCUGGUACGAUCACCGUCUUCGUGGGGAUUGAGGCGUCGAGUGGAGCGCAUUAUAAACCGUGGUGUAUGCCUGUAAAACGGCAAGGAGGAUUCUCCAUGAGAUUUCUCUUCGAGAUGGCCGAUGAAUCGGCGCGACACGGAAGACUUCUUCCAAAUACCUUUGGCUCCCCAGAGAACGUAUGCGUGGCACAAGUUUCCGAGAUUGUCAGACAUGGGCGCAGCUACGUUUCACUCACAGUCGAGGACGUUCCAGAGCUUGGCUACUAUCAUUUUCAACACGAUCCUGCUCUCAACUUUGCACCUGCGCGAGAGGUCGCUGGACCUGUGGACUGUGCCCGAAAGCUUGCAAAAGUCCUUCAGCCUUCUACAGUCGAGGACUUUGGGGCUUCAAGCCUUUUCGAGGGAUCCUUCGUUGGCAAACGUAUCGUAAGGGUCCGGCCGGCGGAGCAGUUGCUGAGCUACACCGACGAUCUGCUCCAAAGGGUUCCUGAUCAGAUUGAAACCGAUAUGAAGGAAGACAUGUUCGAUAUAGAGGACCAGCAAAAGGCCGAAAGAUUGCUGGAAUUCUGUCGUGAUGGGGAGCUCGACAUGGUCAAACAAAUGGGCUCAGUCAAAACCCUUCUGGGAGUCAAAACUAUCAACUUCUUUGGAUUCACGCCGCUUCAUUGGGCUGUUUUCGGGGGCUACGUGAAACUCGCCGAGUAUCUGCUGGAGCAGGGCGCUUCCAUAAUGCCUGGCACAGAGUUUAAACCUGCCAAUACGGCUCUAGCACCUAUUCACCUGAUCGCCAUACUCGGACAAGACGAGUUUUUGGGCAUUUUACAGAAAUACGUGGAUAUGGAACCUAGAUGGCUGGAGACAACAACUUCGCCGUGCCUUGACUUUUUGUCACACUUAGUGGUUAUGUCAGACAGGUUCUCGGAAGGUCUGCUGCGAGCAUUCACCUCUAGGAGAACAUCCUUAACCUACUAUGGUAACGACGCCAACAUGCUAGGAGAGCGUCCAAUGCACAGGGCUGUAGCGACGCGCAACAGCCAAGCCUUGAUAUUCUUGCUCAAGCAGUGUAACGUGGACAUUAAUUUGAACAUGUUCACUGCCAACGUGUUCAUGGCGAAGUGGGCAUUCUUUGAUCAAUGCCAGAGGUCAGUGGUCUGGCACGCCGCUGCAUCAGGGUUUGCUGAGGGUAUACGUUUGAUGUAUCACGGACUGUACAUCAUACGGGACUAUCUGGAUCGUCCAGACGACAUGGGAGUCUCUCCUAUGCAUAUUGCUUGUAGACAAGGCCACGAUAAGGUGGUGGAGAUGCUUAUUUCUCUUGGUGCAAAGGCGAACGGAGAAGCGACGUUGGGACUCACGCCUGCUCACUUCGCGGCCUUUUUCGGCCAUGCUGCCUGUCUUCAGAGGAUGGCAUACCAUGGUGUAGACCUGGAUACUCCGGCUAUCCACCUUCAUGGACUUCGGCCACUCCAUCUCGCGGCUCUUCGCGGGCAGCUUGAGUGCGUUGAAGUUCUUAGUAGGUCCGGAGCGAAUCAACAUUCUCUAGCGUAUGCCGUUUUUAAGACUCACAAGGAGUGGUGGGAGGAAGGGAACGUUGAUGAUAUGGAAUGGACCGAGUUAGAUUCUCCUAUGACACCAAUGGGCAUGGCGUUCUUGAGAAAUCAUUCCCUUGUAGCCCAAAGGCUAGCACAUUGGAGGAGCAAUACUGGAAAGGAUUCUGUGCCCCAUCGGAAGCAGGGGGAGAACCAUGCAGUGCGUGCCGAGUUGCCGGCAUAG